CUACAAUACAAUCCUACAAAAACAAGUUUGUGUUGGUGAUGGAAGGCGAUUGUAGUUCUCAGUGUUAUCACUCAGAAAUGAAUUAUUAUUUUCGUAAUUUCCGUUCUAAAUGAGAAAGAGUGAGGUUUUAGCAAUCCGUUUAAAGAUGAGUUGACAGUAUGAAGAAGUCUUAUAUGCCUAUCUCGGAUGUCAAGAAUGAAAGUCUUGACCUGACAAAACGCUUAUACAAAUGCAUUGCCGAUGUCGUGAAGGCUUUGGAUGAACAAAGACAGAAAGCCAACUCUGUCCCAGAUUUGUUCACACAAGCCGCUGAAGCUCAACGUAUGAAAUUAAGAGAGUACUGUGAAAAGCUGAUGUUUCUCGACCCAGUUGGCUGCGGAAGGAAGGGAGAAGAACUGUUAUGGAGGAAAGGGUACUACGAGGUUGUCUCAACCGCUAAAAGACUGCACAAAGGACCGCUGUGGAAGCCUGUGGAGGAAUGUCACCUGAGAGCUCAUCUACAGGCUGGUAUUGGCCAUUACCACCAUCUACUGCUCAAGUUCCAGUUGGACUUCAAGAUGGACUUACGAGGGAUCAUCGAUUUUCCUUUGAUAAUUACUGAGGACGGGCUAAAAAAAUCAAAGUCAAGUUCAAGCAGCAAAGACAAGCCGCUAGACCCAGGCUGUGUGGAGUGGGCGCAGCAGGCAGUUCACCGUUGUCUCAUCUAUCUGGGAGACCUUAGCCGCUACCUGAGUGACAUGUGUCCAGGCUACCACUCUGAACUGCCAGCUAGAUAUUACCAUCAGGCGCUGUAUUGGAAACCUGAGUGUGGCAUGCCACACAAUCAGUUAGGCACUCUGGUAGGCAACUACAACUUCUUUCUGGACUCAGCCUAUCACUAUAUGAGAUGCCUCUCGAGUGCUCAGUCCUUUGAAGGUACAGAGAGUAACCUGUCAGGAGUGCUGGAGCGCAGCUGGAAACAUUACGAGAGCACCAUGACUCCCUCACCAGUCCACCAUCUCGUCUCCAAGUUUCUGAGUAUUGUUGACUUCUGCUACUUUGACAAGCAGAGUGUAGAUCAAUUCCCACUGCUGUGCCAUGAAGCCAUUGAGAGGUUGAACUGUACGGAGAUGCUGCAGUGUACUAGGGAAGUAGUCAAUGGAGAAGGUGAAGACAACAGUCUCCAGCCAGCUCAGCUUACUGACGAUAUACUGUUCAAAUUGACCCUGGUGUCUGUCAUGUGCACUCAGCAACUACAGGGCAAAGGUUCAGAUCAGAUGAAUGUUGUGAUGGCUGUGAUGCUGGCUGUGGUCAACUAUCUGAUACUGAAGGCAGUGGGAAGACUAGAGGAGGUGCUGCCCCCUCCACAACCCCCACCACUGACUGCUGUCAAUGGGCACAAACGAAGACGGAGACUACGGCGGCGACGACACAGCAGUGAAGUGUCCUCGGACAUUAGCGAUGAAGAAGAGGUGUUGACGUUGAACUCAGACUCUGACCUCAGUGAGGAGGAGUUGGUGUUUGACACUCAUUCGUCAGACUCGGACAGUGAGCCUGCAGAGGUAGUGGUGGCCGAGCUUGACACAAGGAAGGUCCAGCUAGGAGACACGCCUGCACUGUCCACCAACACAACACUGGACCAUGUGGAGCACCUGUGUCAACAGGGCUUCCUGCUGCAGACCAUCAAGAUUUGCCUGGACUGGAUGGUUAAUAACCACGAUGUGUUGCGAGCCUGUGCACAAACUGUAAAACCAAUGCUGGGUAGAACUGUAGCGUUCCUCAACCACCUCACUGUCGUACCACUGCCUCCAGCAGCCAGUGAGCGGCCAGACGUCAUCAACAACGGUGUUAUAGAGAAUGAGCGUAUCCCAUUAGUAGAAGAAGUUAGUGUCAGAGGACUUCUGGCACUUAAACCAGCAUACCAACACAUUGACUGGGCACAACUAAAAACCAUCUCCCUUACUCCCCGACAAGAGGCCUAUGUGAGAGUCUGUAAGCUGGUCCAGCUGGGCAAGAAGCUGGCCAGUGCUGAUGGCACGGACAUGAAUUACGAUCAGAACAGAAACUGGUUUCAACUUAAAGACUCAGAGCCCCCCACCCCGACCACACCUACGAUUCAGAUCCAGGAAAAAAAGUUGGCAACUGAUGAGAAGGGUCGGCUGAUGAAGGACAUGGGCCAGUUAUGGCUGAAGGCAGAAGUGAAGGAGUUGGAGACCAAGGUGCGACGCACCUCCUCUCUACCUCCAUACCUGGUAUUGGACUGUGAAGCACUGAUACACCACAUUACUCUGGUCAAACAACUGGUACACUCCAGGAAGUUCAUCAUCCUCGUACCUUCCAUAGUGGUUUCUUCACUGGAUGAACAGAAGAGAGCGAGUCGACGAGUGCGAGACACCAUCCGUUGGCUCGAGACUCAGUUCCAACGAGGCAAUCGGUUUCUGCGUGCACAACGUCCCAACGAACAUCUAGCACUACCUCUCAUCAAGUAUCCGAAGAAGAAGGAUAAGGAAGCUUGGAUGUUUUUCCAAGUAGCUGAGUGCUGUCACUUCAUGAGUCAACAGCAGCAGGCCACCACAGACAAGGAUACUCUGGUUACUCUACUGACUGGCAGUCGCACACUGCUCUCUCCCAACACCAACAACGGCUUCAGUCCCCUCGGCAUCGCCAACACUGCAGGGAUCACCAUUGAACACAUUGAAACGUUCCACAGCAAGUGGAAAACCUCGAGCAAAAGUCACGGUUGAAAGCUUGCAACGCCUCGAGAGAGGCUAAGGACAGACACGGGAGCAAGAGACGCGAUGGAAGAACCGAGAAGCCGAUCAGCCGCCGCUUACAUACUUUAUUUUACUUUCCUCGUAAAAUAAAUAUCCAACGCUGACCCCUCCCUAUAUACAUAAAUAAUAACUGUAAUAUCUAGAAUAGUCUAUACAAUUACUCCCUGUAACUGGAAAAAUCAACUGAUCGGGUGAAAAGAACUUACGAUUUUUGUUUAUUUCACUGAUUUUGUGUUUCUUACGAUGCACAAUGUUGACGGUCAAAGUAAGUUAAUCGGGGAUUUAUUUGCUUGUUUUAGUAAUCUAGAUAGAAGAAGAAUGGAGUGAUGAUUUUUCACUGAUGCGUAAUUAACUCAUCUACGGCCAAAUCUAUUGAAAGGAAAUUUUAAAAACCAUAGUUUCUAUUCUUAAUUAUUUAAAGAACUUUAACGUGUUGUCUAGAAAAUGUUUCUAAAUAUGUUGUCAUCAGCAAAAAUCAAUUAAUACAUUAUUUCUCUUUUAAUUAUAGCAUUGCAAAUAAAAUUUUGUUUUUUAUCACUUUUAAUUUUUGUUCUUUAUUUUAGAACGGAUUAAGAUCAGCAAAUUAAAACAUCAGAGAUUUAUAAGUGUAUCCUUGUUUGGAUCUAAGUAAGUGUCUUAUUGUGAGAUGUUACUGUUAUUUUUCUGUUUUAAAAAAAUCCUGCUAAAUAAAUGAAUUUGAAGAUGAAAAAGGUAAAGAUUGUAGAAAAAAAUUAACCGCCAACUUUUAACAAAAUGUCUGUUUCAAUUAAAAUUUUUUCCUUUCAAAAUAAUUGUAAGACCCCCUAACUGAACCCAACGGGACCGGACUCAAAAAGUCGAUUAAAACAGGCAAUCCCUAAAUAGGCCUACUAAAAAAAAUUAAAGUGCUAUUCAUUUGGAAUUGUAUAUAAUUAUAUGACGAAUCAAACCAAAACAUGGUAAAGUCAAAUACUUUCAAUGGAAGUAACAUCCUGUAUAGAGUUCAGCGUAUUGUUCCCAUCCCGGAGCAUGGGAGCUGAAAUGCCGAGAUUCCUAGAAAGUGGUGGUUAAAUCAGACCUCUCUCAAAACAAGGUCAGCUAAAACAAACUGUAAUAUUUUACAAGUGUAUUUUUUCCGGGGGAUCAAAGAGAAAUUUUCAGGCAGAUAAUCUGAUUAUUGGUUAAUGUGAGCUCGUUUAAGAGGGGGUCUACUGUGUAAAGCAAUCUGCAGGAUUACAUUUGCUAGUUAAAUUUUAUUGUGAUAAUAAUGAUGUAUUAAUUGUUAAGAUAAAAUAAAACUUUUUACUUAAAACUAAUUAAAUCCCAAAAAACCUAGGUAUACCGUGGCAAAUAGUCCAUUAGCAUAAUUAUCUAAAACCCAAUUUUAAUUUAUUAAAAUUUAGUUAUUUUAAUUAAUUAGAAUUACAAUAAUUAAAAACAACCCAAUGUAAAUGUAAUGUAAGACCACAUACUAUCCAAAGAAUACUGCUAUGGGUUGUACAGGGCUAUACUGAAAAGUUAUUUGUUUUGUUUUUACAUCAUCCAAUCGUAAUAUUUUGCAAAGUAAUUACCUUAAAACAUAAGAUAUAAGUGAGAGCUGGCAAAAAUACAAUGUCUGUGGCUUCUUCUAUCUUCCUUGUAUUUGUUUAGUGUUCAAUAAAAUCUUGUGCUAUCAUAUA